GUAAUAUCGAACCACCUACAUUGCCCAUUUUCCUGAACUACAUAAGAUCUUAUCGACGACUGCACGUCUACGCACUCACAAUUUGAUCAUACAAAUAACUUUCUUACUUGAAGCUGGACACCACCUUCGCCUCCAGUUGAAAGUAUUUGACUCAACAGGUCUCGAAGUCCAACAGUGAAUACUGCAUCAAUCAUCAAUCAAGUCAUUGUUGAUCUUGCAGUAAGCUCAUAGUUAUGAGACCAUUUCAGUAUUUGUAAGAACUGAAGACGGGGGGUGAAGCUUUUGUUGGUACAGUACUAAAGCUAAUUAAAAGAUGAGAGUGAGAUCAGAUGGAUUGCAGAGAAAGCGGUUGCUAACUUCUGUAGCUGUUACCGGAAUCUUCCUUGUUUUUCUUUAUGUGGUAUUUGGCUCUAAGAGCAGUGGUGAGUCUGCUCUAGAGUACGGAAGCUGGUCUUUGAGGAAACUAGGGUCUUCUUACUUAGGUGGAGAUGAUGAAGGUGAUACUACUAAGCAAGAUGAAAAAAUUGGACUGGAUGAUGGCAAUGAUGGCAUUUUUCUGAAAAGCUUUCCUGUUUGUGAUGAUCGGCAUUCAGAACUAAUACCCUGUCUAGACAGACAUCUCAUAUACCAAAUGCGAUUAAAGUUGGACUUAUCCUUGAUGGAACACUAUGAAAGACAUUGUCCUUUGCAAGAAAGGCGGUACAAUUGCAUGAUUCCUCCUCCCCCCGGGUACAAGAUACCUAUUAAGUGGCCUAAAAGUAGAGAUGAGGUGUGGAAAGCAAACAUACCUCAUACCCACCUUGCUCAAGAGAAAUCAGACCAGAACUGGAUGGUUGUCAAGGGUGAAAGGAUUAUAUUUCCAGGAGGAGGCACUCAUUUCCACUACGGAGCUGACAAAUACAUUGCUUCAAUUGCUAACAUGCUGAAUUUUUCAAAAAAUAUAUUGAACAAUGAGGGAAAUGUACGCACAGUUUUUGAUGUCGGUUGUGGUGUUGCGAGCUUUGGAGGCUAUCUUCUUUCAUCUGAUAUAAUAGCAAUGUCCUUAGCACCAAAUGAUGUGCAUCAGAAUCAGAUCCAGUUUGCCUUGGAAAGAGGAAUUCCGGCAUCUCUUGGUGUUCUUGGAACAAAGAGACUUCCUUAUCCAAGCCGUUCAUUUGAGUUUGCUCAUUGUUCUCGUUGUAGGAUUGAUUGGUUGCAAAGGGAUGGAAUUCUUCUUCUCGAGUUAGACAGAGUUCUUAGACCAGGAGGCUAUUUUGCCUACUCCUCUCCAGAGGCAUACGCACAGGAUGAAGAUGAUCUUAGAAUAUGGAGACAAAUGAGUGCACUUGUAGAACGCAUGUGUUGGAAGAUAGCUGCCAAGAGGAACCAAACUGUCAUUUGGGUUAAGCCUCUAAAUAAUGACUGUUACCAGGAAAGAGAACCAAACACCAGGCCACCUCUAUGUCGCCCUGAUGAUGAUCCUGAUGCAGUGUGGGGGGUUCCAAUGGAGGCAUGCAUAACACCUUAUUCUGAUCAUGACCACAAAACCAAGGGAAGUGGAUUGGCACCUUGGCCAGCUCGAUUAACCACACCUCCUCCCCGGCUUGCUGAUUUUGGGUAUUCAAACGCAAUGUUUGAAAAGGAUACGAAACUUUGGCAGCGGAGAGUUGAUGGUUACUUGAGGAUUCUGAGUCCCAGAAUUUCAUCAGACACUGUUAGGAAUAUUAUGGACAUGAAGGCAAACAUGGGUUCGUUUGCAGGUGCUCUCAAGGACAAGGAUGUAUGGGUAAUGAAUGUUGUUUCUGAAGAUGGACCCAACACACUCAAGAUUGUAUAUGAUCGAGGCCUCAUUGGCACAAUCCACAACUGGUGCGAAGCCUUUUCAACAUAUCCUAGGACGUAUGAUUUGCUGCAUGCAUGGACCAUAAUUUCUGACGUUGAGAAGAAAGGUUGUAGCAGUGAGGAUCUGUUGCUUGAGAUGGAUCGUAUCUUAAGGCCUACCGGCUUUAUUAUCAUCCGGGAUAAACAGCAUGUGAUUGACUUUGUAAAGAGGUAUAUGCAAGCAUUGCAUUGGGAAGCUGUUGGAACUGGCGGUGAUUCAACAUCAGACCAGGAUCAGGAGGGAGAUGAUGCUGUAGUGUUUGUCAUUCAAAAGAAGCUAUGGCUUACUAGUGAAAGCAUUAGAACUACAGAUUAGUAGAAACAUAAAUACUUCUCAAGUCCUUCCCCAAGUACACCCUUUCACUAUUUCAAAUCCUUCACUCCGCUCCUUGCUAAAAAAAAAGCAUCAUAUAGAGUGAUAUAGGCAACCUUUUACUAUUUCAAAGUAAGCGUGUUAACAUGAUAUAUUUUUAAGUACAAGACUACAAGGGAUGGAGUAAAGCAGAGUGCCUGAACACCAUGAGAUAUCAGCUGCACUUUGCUCCCAACGUUGCUUAUUUCUUCACUCGUUUUUAUCACUAGGUUGUAUUUUGCUACAUGUUUUAGUUUUGUGCUUUACUUGAAGUUAUACGGACAAGUUGAUUUUCUUCAUUAAUGAUUUGUGUUAGUUGGA